AUGCUGAGGAAUGGAACCGUAGUGUCAAUAAUAAGGAAAUCAAUGGCUUUACACAACACCUGGAUACAAAUCGGUCUGGUAUUGACUUUUGCAACUCAAAAUGUAUUUUCAUCCUGCCACAGAGAAAGGGAAAGAAUAGUACAUCACCAUACUUUGUUCCACGGGCAUCCACGAUACGACGAUCUUUUCAACGAUCUCGCAUCUCAACGUGUCAAUAGUGACAUGUCUGACGAAUACAGACUUUUUAGUGAUCUACUCAGAUACCACGAUAAGUCAGCUCGACCAAUAAAAAAUUCUAGCAAUGCUGUAGAAGUCAAUAUUGGCCUUACAAUGUCACAGAUCUUUGAUCUGGAAGAAAAGAAUCAAGUCCUUGUUGCACACACUUGGUUGGAUCAGGGCUGGAGGGAUGAGUUAUUGAUGUGGAACAAAGAUGAUUAUGGUGGUCUACAGACAAUCAAUGUACCAUGUCACAAAAUCUGGCUCCCUGAUAUCGUCUUAUAUAAUAAUGCUGCUGAGAGGAUGGAUGACUAUAUGCCAGCACUUGCAAUGGUGAAGAAUGAUGGCUCUGUCUUUUGGCCUAUUCCCUCAAAAAUCAGGAGUACGUGUAAAAUCGAUGUCACGUACUUUCCAUUUGAUGAGCAGGUUUGCAAACUUAAGUUUGGUUCAUGGACAUACAACGGCUUCCAGGUGGAUAUUGUUAACCGUUCGGACCAGGUAGACCUUCAGAAUUAUGUCGAGAACGGAGAAUGGCAGCUUAACGAGAUCAGAGUUGAGAGGAAUGUUGUCAAAUACGGAUGCUGUCCAGAACCAUUUCCGGAUGUAACAUUUCAUAUUGUAAUUCGGAGAAAGACCUUGUAUUACAUGUACAACGUCGUCCUGCCUUGUCUGUUAAUGUCAGGGCUGACGCUGUUGGAAUUCUGGCUUCCUCCGGAGUCGGGUGAGAAGAUUACAUUGGGGAUCACUAUUCUCUUAGCUUUCUCUGUGUUUACUCUGACGAUCAGCGAAAAGCUACCCGAGACGUCUGAGUUUAUCCCAUUGAUUAGUAUUUAUGUCACUACAGUUAUGUCAAUGGCUGCUCUCAGUGUCAUGGCAACGGUUGUCGUUCUGAAUCUGCAUCAUCGAGAAAAUGGGAAGGUAGUACCUCGAUGGCUGAAAAGAAUUUUGUCUUCUAAAUUUUCGUCUUUUAUAUGUGGCUCGUGUACAAAGACAAUAAAGCCCAAAACUGACGGUCAAAGGUCAACCAAAAACCACGUGAUCCUUGAAAAUAUAUCUAUAACAUCAACGGGCGAAGCGUAUGUAUCACAUAGCCCUAAAAGUAUUUCAAAUGCUAUCAGUGCAGGCCAUUUUGAACGUUCAGUGUCAUUUAAAAACUGUUUAAACGAUACCAACCACACCAAAGAAGAAAAAUCAGAAAACAAUACGUCAUCUUCUAAACAAGAAGGUACAAGAGUAAAUAAAAAGCUAAGUCCGCCACUAAGACAGCUUGAACAGGAUAAAGAGUUUCUUAAAAUACUUACGAGAAUUCUUGAGAAAUAUGAAAAAGAUGAACGAACACGUGAGAUUAAACAAGAGUGGCAGAAAGUAGCAAGACUUUUAGACCGCAUUCUUUUUUGUGUGUUCGUCUCUGGAACGACAGUAUCUGCAUUUAUGUUGCUCGGGGUCCUUCCAAUGGCUAGAUGGAAGUAGAAAACAAUAAUAAUUGAAUAUUCCGAGUUAUCCAAUUUGACUAUAUCUAAAUUGUAAAUAGAGUCCUCUUAUUUGCUUGAUAAAUGGAAGUAGAAGAAGUCGAAAAAUGGAAGUAGAAUUGUCAAUUCUGGAAGUGAAAACAGUAUGAAGUUAAUACAUACGUGAUCACUCAAUGGCUAAAUGAAAGUAGAUAGACUAUGAGGUGAUGAGGGGAAAAAUGAGACCCCUACAAUGGUUAAUGAAGUGGAAAUAGUAUGAAGUGAAUACAUACGUGAUCAUUCAAUGGCUAAAUGAAAGAAGAAAGACCAUGAGGUGAUGAGGUAAAAAUAAGACUCCUACAACGGUUAAUGAAGUGGAAUAGUAUGAAGUGAAUACAUACGUGAUCAUUCAACGGCUAAAUGAAAGUAGAAAGACUAUGAGGUGAUGAGGUGAAAAAUAAGGAAAUAGUAUAAAGAUAAAGAAUUCUGAAUAUAUUUAUAAUAUCAGGCUAUAUAAAUCGAACACAAUUCAUUUACUGCCUAAUCUUCUAUAUAUUACAGUGUGUACUGGCAAGCAGUCCACACGAUCCGUAAACAAGUAUUGUAAACGUCUGUGACAAGUCAUGAUUUUAGGGAUAAUUAUGUUCAACGUGAUCUGUAUAGAUAUAAUAUUAUGGCCAAUGGACUGCAAUAGAAUCCAUUUCAAAUUAUUUGCUUUGGAGAGAGUGUUAUUGCUUGAUGAGUCGCUAUAGAAUGAACUACACGCCUAUUUACACAAUUUUCCUUUCUAUUGCACGGGUGUUAAGCCAUGAUGAUACCAUGAGCACAUGCUUUGAGGAUCUGAGUUGUUUGAACCUACCGCCGAGCUCACCUUUAUAUAAAGACCCGUUACACAGUCAUGAUACCGCCGAGCAAGC